ACGUGACAACAGAACCUUCCUCCUUCUAGCAGUCAUACUGUAGUAGAACGACAGUAAACGCUUGGUUUCUUCUGCACCAUUCUGCUUCUGUAGGUGUACUGAUAGCACCCUACCAUCUACUAAACCUGCCAACCAACCUUCAGUUCCCAUCACCUCUCCUUCCACCUGCAGAGAGAGAGAGAGAGAAAAAAGAGGAAAAGCAAUCACCUUAAGAAAGGGAGAGAAGGCAGUUAUCAUGGAUACGAGGAAGCACCUGUGUUCCCUGGCCCGUAUGGUGCUGCCUGCCCUUGGCUUUGUCCUCAUCUGUGUGGGGACCUACCUGAUGUCCCUCCACAAUGCCUACAACAGCUCCCUGCGUUACAUCCUGGCCUACGUCCUCAUUGCCUGUGGCUUAUGGUGCCUCCUCACCGGGGUCUUCUGGACCAUCUGCCAUGGCAUGAAGAGGAAGAGGCAGCACCAGAGGAGCAGGCGCCACCACACCGCUGCACACAUCCAUGUCUACACCGUUGACAGACCCAGCUUCCACCUUCCUUCAUAUGAGGAGUCUCAGCAGAACCACAUCUCUGCUACUGCAGCUGCAGCUUACUCUGUGCUGGGGCUCUCUGAAGAUGGCCUGAGGUUCAACCUGGCCCCCCCUCUGUACACCCAGGACAUCUCUGAGGCCCCAGAUGACACCUUCAACCAUGAAGAUCCACCUGCUUACUCUGAGAUGGCCAUGCAGACACACAGGGAGCCACAGGGGCUUCCGCAGCAACCAGAACAUUCCCGCUUGGACAGAGUUCCAUGUCCUGAGCUGGACGGUCGAUAGGUGGUGGACUCUGGAAGGUGAUGACAUCACCUUUGUGUACUGUUUAAAACUAGUGUCUCCCUGCCUGACCUUUGACCUCUGACCUUUCAGGAGAUGUAAACGGCAUGGCCCUUUCAGCUCAGAGAGAGGUAUGGCAGCAAAGCCUGCUGCUCCUGGCAUCAUGGUUGUCUGGAGAACGGAGACAGGUGGGAGUGAUAGCUAGGAAUGAGACUGUCUUGAGCUUUUGCUGAGACCCGAGAUACUAUGUGCCUGAAAACAUCUUUGCUGUCUCAUAUGUGGCUGAACGGUAGUAACCUAUAGCAACAGGUAGUACAGUGAGCUACAGGUUGAUCAAGACAAAUGUCUACAGAAUGCUAGUGAARGAUGACAGUCUAGGUAUGGAUGUCUCUAUAAAUCUGAUGCACUUUAAAAUACACAGACCUGCUUGUUUUUGCUCGUUGUUGGAUGUGACUCUGAGUAUAUUGGUACACUAUAUAUACAAAAGUAUGUGGACACCCCUUCAAGUUAGUGGAUUUGGUU